CUUCAUUUGACAAACAAAUCUUCCCCUAAAACCUCUCCCAUCCGCACCACUUUUAUCAGCUUCUUUGUUUUUCUACUUUUCUCCGAAAUCCAUAGGUAAGCUUUCUCUUUCUUCCCCAGUUCCCUCCUGAGGAGGUUCCAUUGAAGAAAGGAAAGCAGGUUUCUGUCUAUCUCUCUCUCUCUCUCGCCAUGGCUUUUCCUUUACUUUUCCUUCUCUUCCUCUCCAUUCCCUUCUCAGAAUCCAUGCUCUCUCUCGACUACUACAAGAAAAAAUGCCCCGACUUUGACAGAAUCGUGCGCGAAGCAGUGACCACCAAGCAAAUCGCGAGCCCCACCACCGCCGCCGGCACUCUUCGCCUCUUCUUCCAUGACUGCAUGGUUGAGGGAUGCGACGCCUCCGUCCUAAUCUCCUCCAAUUCCUUCAACAAGGCCGAUCGCGAUGCCGACAUCAACCUCUCCCUCGCAGGCGAUGCCUUUGACGUUAUUGUCCGGGCCAAGACUGCGCUCGAGCUCGCUUGCCCCGGCAUUGUCUCUUGCUCCGACAUCCUCGCUCAAGCCACCCGCGACCUUAUCACAAUGGUCGGCGGCCCAUUCUACCCUGUCCGCCUCGGUCGAAAGGAUGGCCUCGUUUCCAAUGCUUCGCGUGUCGAAGGACACGUUCCGAGAACGAACAUGUCCAUGACCCAUAUGAUCAAGAUGUUCGCCGACAAAGGCUUUACAUUAAAAGAAAUGGUUGCCCUAAAUGGAGCACACACCAUUGGAUUCUCUCAUUGCAAAGAAUUCAGCGACAGAAUUUUCAAUUACAGCAAAAAAACCCCAACGGACCCAGCAAUCUAUCCCAAGUUUGCCGACGCAUUGAGGAAAACUUGUGCAAACUACACCAAAGACCACACAAUGUCUGCUUUCAACGACGUAAUGACGCCGGGAAAGUUCGACAACAUGUACUUCCAGAAUCUGCAGAGGGGACUGGGGCUGUUGACCUCGGACCAUUUACUGGCGACGGACCCUAGGACAAAGCCUAUCGUAGAUUUGUACGCAUCGGACCAGACAAUGUUCUUCCAGGAUUUUUCGCAUGCAAUGGAGAAGUUUAGUGUUUACGGAGUCAAGACUGGUCCAAAGGGAGAGGUGAGGCACAGGUGCGAUGCAUUCAACAGGCCACACAAGGCAUAAAAUUAUAUCAAUUAAAGACAUGUACGUACUUACGUACGUUGUGGUCUGGACUUGAUGAUGAUAACCAUGGCCAUUGUGAUUAACAGAGAGCAAGUUUCUGACUUUGUUUUGCCUGAUGUUUCCUCUCUUUUUUUUUCGGAUUUCGGACUCGUAUAUGUAUGUGUUUAUAGACAUGUGAUGAUCCGGUAGAUGUGUUUCAUAAUGAUAUUGAUGGUACGCUCAUGAUCACUAUAUAAUAUAUAUGCUAUCAUUACAUA